UCCAAUGGCCUACGGCUGUUCUUUCUUCAUUCCUCUGAGCUAUCUUCUCGUUACUAUCUGGAUACUGGUGGCAUUGUUCUUCGCUGCUAGUAUACUUUUAUUUUGCGGUAUUGCUAAGGAUGACGCUAUUCUCUGCGCUAUAUGGAUCUGGUACGCUGUGGUCUUCGUAGUUGUGAUGCUAAUGAUGAUGAUGCUUCUGGCCAUCGUGUUCACUUCCCGCAAGCAGAGGAACAGGGUCUUCAUAGUGAUACUUGGCAUGCUUUGGUAUAUCUUGACCAUCUACUUCAUAUUAGUUGUGAACAGUCAUCGGAAGCAUUUACUCGUCCCGAAUUUUAACAGUCUUGUAACCAAUCUCGUUGAUGAAGAAUCGUAA